AGGGAGGAACUGUGCGUUCCAUCUUUGUCUGUCCUGUGUUCCAUUGACUUUGCUGCACAGAUGAGAGCGCGCUGCUGCAUUCCUGCACCCAGACACCAGCCAGAGGGACCUUCUUGCCAACCUGUACCAGUGACCAGCCUGCUGCAGAGGGACCAUCCAGCCACGGUUGCUUAGCAACACUUACACUAACUUUCUGAUUGGAGCUCCCUGUCUGGCGCUGACCGCUGACGUCAUCCAUGUGAGUCCUGUACACACAGCGGCCAGACGCGGCGGGAAUCGGCAGCGCUGGACAGCAAAACUGUGAUUGGCAGCGCUUAAGGAUUCCGCCAGAGUAGGAUGGAGCUAUGACCUCUCAGCUUGGCUAUGAGAACAUUGGAGAUCCAUUUAGUGAAGGACAAUUUCAGUCACAUGGAGGUGGUGGAAGCCUGAUUGCAGCGGGUCAGCGGGCGCGUCAAUGCAAUAGGUGGCUCUCUGGAUAGACACGUCUGGUUUUGUGGUUUUGUAGUCAUGGAUCCAAAUUCAAAGACUGAGACUACAGCACCCAUCUCAGGUGAAGAAAGACACCUCACAGACACUGAUUUGUAUACACCCACAUAUCAUACACAGUAUACAUCUACUCAUAUUAAGGAGGAAUCAGUCUCAUGUGAUGGAGAAGACAUCACACACACUGACAUGUAUACACCCACAUAUCAUACACAUUAUACAUCUACUCAUAUUAAGGAGGAAUCAGUCUCAUGUGAUGGAGGAGACCUCACACACACUGACAUGUCUACACCCAGAUAUCAUACACAGUAUACAUCUACUCAUAUUAAGGAGGAAUCCAUCUCAUGUGAUGGAGGAGACCUGACACACACUGACAUGUAUACACCCACAUAUCAUACACAGUAUACACCUACUCAUAUUAAGGAGGAAUCAGCCUCAUGUGAUGGAGGAGACCUGACACACACUGACAUGUAUACACCCACAUAUCAUACACAGUAUACACCUACUCAUUUUAAGGAGGAAUCAGCCUCAUGUGACAUAGGAGACCUCACACACACUGACAUGUAUACACCCACAUAUCAUACACAUUAUACAUCUACUCAUAUUAAGGAGGAAUCAGCCUCAUGUGAUGGAGGAGACAUCACACACACUGACAUGUAUACACCCACAUAUCAUACACAUUAUACAUCUACUCAUAUUAAGGAGGAAUCAGCCUCAUGUGAUGGAGGAGACAUCACACACACUGACAUGUAUACACCCACAUAUCAUACACAUUAUACAUCUACUCCUAUUAAGGAGGAAUCAGCCUCAUGUGACGGAGGAGACCUCACACACACUGACAUGUAUACACCCACAGGUCAUACACAGUAUACAUCUACUCAUAUUAAGGAGGAAUCAGUCUCAUGUGAUGGAGGAGACCUCACACACACUGAUAUGUAUACACCCACAGAUCAUACACAGUAUACAUCUACUCAUAUUAUGGAGGAACCAGUCUCAUCUGAUGGAGAAGACCUCACACACACUGACAUGUCUACACACACAGGUCAUACACAGUAUACAGCUACUCAUAUUAAGAUGGAACCAGUCUCAUGUGAUGGAGGAGACAUCACACACACUGACAUGUAUACCCCCACAGAUCAUACACCGUAUACAGCUACUGAUACUAUGAUGGAACCAGUCUCAUGUGAUGGAGGAGACAUCACACACACUGACAUGUAUACACACACAGAUCAUACACAGUAUACAUCUACUCAUAUUAAAGGGGAAUCCAUUACAGGUCACAUUAGUACAGGUCAAACUGUAGAAAAGAACGUGGAUAGCACACUGAGCGAAAUUGAAAUCAUUUACCAAAUUCCUGCACCGUCCACUUUUGGUGACAUCUCAAAUCUCACUAAAUAUCAGAGAGCUCACUCUAAGAAGAAGAUGCCACAAUGUUCCGAGUGCGGAGAAUAUUUUCUGAGGAAAGUCCAACUUGUCAUCCACCAAAGAACUCGCACAGGCCAGAACCCACGUGAGUGCCUCGAAUGUGGGAUAACUUUUCCGACCAGUUCUCAGCUUCUCAUCCAUCAGAGAGCUCACAGCGGGAGGAAGAUAUAUGAAUGCUCCGAGUGUGGGAAAUGUUGGCCGGAUAACGCCCAACUAGUCUUACAUCGGAGAAGCCACACUGGGGAGAAACCGUUCCCUUGCCCAGAGUGCGGGAAGCGAUUUCUGUGCAAUAGUCACCUUGUCGUACAUCAGAGAACGCACACAGGAGAGAAGCCAUUUGUGUGUUCUGAGUGCGAUAAACGUUUUGCCGUGAAAGAGUAUUUACUACGACAUGUAAGGACUCACACUGGGGAGAUGCCAUUUGCAUGUAGUCGAUGUGGAAAACGAUUUAAACACAAGAUAUCGCUUGUUAAUCACGAGUUUGUUCACAGAGAUAUGCAAUGACUGAUGUUCUCCAUACGCGGGAUACGGCUUGCUGAAUAAAGAAUUAUAUACUUGAAACGGUCUAAGGAUUCCAGCUU